AUGGGUGAUACUGAGAAAGGCAAGAAGAUUUUUGUUUGGAAGUGUGCCCAAUGCCACACCUUGGGAAAGGGAGGCAAGCACGAGACUGGGCCACAUCUCCAUGCUCUGUUUGGGCAGAAGACAAGUCAGGCCACUGGAUUCUCUUACAAGGAUGUCAGUAAGGACAAAGGCGUCACCUGGGGAGAGGAUACACCGAUGGAAUAUUUGGAGAGUUCCAAGAAGUACAUCCCUGGAACAAGAAUGAUCUUCACUGGCAUAAAAAAAUAAGGCAGAAAAGGCAGACUUGAUAGCUUAUC